GCGCGAAUACCCUUUACAGUAGGAGGAGCCCUCUUACAGAAAUCUCAUUUUGCUUUCUUAUUUCUUCCUUCUUGACGUGAGAUCAGCAGUAACCGAAGGUCUUCUACACAGAAAUAACGCCAUGGCAUAUGCAUUCAAGUGUCUUGCAGACGAUAACAACAGAUACUUGAAGUCAUUCCGGCUGUUCCUGGAGCGCUCAUCAGAACACCAAUGCAUGCUUGACUUCAUCCAUGGGGUACUGCCUGACAUACUGGCCAGCAUUGGAGGGGGUAGAUCCAGUCUCAAAAUUUUGGGAGUUGGGAGUGGUGCAGGCGAGCUAGACCUGCAGAUGUUGUCUCAGCUGCAGUUGAAACACCCCGGGCUGAAGGUAGAUAAUGAGGUGGUGGAGCCCAGUGAUGAGAUGCUGUACAACUACAAGGUGUUAGUGUCAAAGACUCCAAAUCUUGAGCAUGUUAACUUCAAGUGGAAUAAGAUGACUGCAUCUGAAUUCGAAAAUCACUGGCAGGAGAAAAACCUCACAAAAAAGAUGGACUUUAUCCACAUGAUUCAGAUGCUGUACUAUGUUGCCGAUCCUCAUGCCACUGUGUCAUUCUUCCGCAGUCUCUUAAAUGAGAAUGGGAAACUAAUCAUCAUACUCGUCAGUGAUAAAAGUGGGUGGGGAAAGCUGUGGAAGAUGUACAAGGCUGACCUGUGCAAAGGGGACACGAGCCAGUGUGUGACUACAGGGGACAUCAAGAGCUUUCUUGACGCCGACGGGAUCAAAUACAAAAACUACCUGCUCCCGUCUCAGAUGGACAUUACAGAGUGCUUCAGAGAGGGGGAUGAACGAGGAGAGCUCUUACUGGACUUUCUGACAGAGGUGGUGGACUUCACCAGAUCGGCGCCCCCGGACCUGAGGGCAGGAGUGAUGGACCUCCUCCGCCACCCCGACUGCAGUGCUGAGGCGGACGGGAAGAUUGUUUUUAACAACACACUGGAGGUUUUAGUUCUAGAUGCUUAAAUGGAGAGCAGGGUGCCAGCCACUCACAUGGCUUUAGGUUGCUCAAACAGGGAAUCUCUGGUGUGCCUUUAAUGUGUUUUACUCUAUUAGGGUUUACUUAAUUUCCCAAAAACUGUGAUCGUUUAGUGUUCUUCCAUCCAUCCAUUAUCUGAACCCGCUUAUCCUGAUCAGGGUCGCAGGGGGGCUGGAGCCUAUCCCAGCGUACAUUGGGCAAAAGGCAGGAAUACACCCUGGACAGGUCGCCAGUCCAUCGCAGGGCACACGCACCAUUCACUCACACACUCAUGCCUACGGGCAAUUUAGACUCUCCAAUCGGCCUAACCUGCAUGUCUUUGGACUGUGGGAGGAAACCGGAGUACCCGGAGGAAACCCACGCAGACACGGGGAGAACAUGCAAACUCCGCACAGAGAGGCCCCGGCCGACGGGGAUUCGAACCCAGGACCUCCUCCAUCCGUGCCGCCCGUUUAGUGUUCUUGUAAUAUCAAAAUAAGGACUAAUAAGUUUGAUACAUAAAAUCUUCAUUAUAGUAUUGCACUUUUUAUCAUUGAAAAAUUCAAAUCCAUUAACCACAAGACUCUACUGUUUAUUAGGGCAGAAUGUUACUGUUCAUUAAGGCAGAAUGUUUCACUGUACAUAUUAAUAAUAAAACAAAUUAAUACAAAA